UAGAAGCUCAAGCCUGACGCCGCUGAAAAGGCAACUGCACUUGCCUUAUUCAAAGACCUAAGGAAAUUCUCUUUGACCGACACAUGCUUCGAGCUCUGUUAUAAGCUGAAGAGAAAAUCCAAGCAGAUUAAAAAACCCAAAAAACCUUGGAUCAUUGUUUUGGCCUUGUACAGGAGAACAGAAGAGAAGCUGUCAUGCUUUGCAUGUCAAGUAGCUACUGAGCUGCUUGACAGCUUCUGGAUUCCAGCCCCACUGGGAAUGAGGCAGCGCAGGAAACCAUGAGUAAUGAGUCCUGUGGUCUGCUUCUGCUGCUAUAACACCAUGGCAGGCAGUCCAUGAUCCAACAGGAGGAUCUGUCCUAGGAAGGCAGCGCUGGAACUGGUAAUUUAUUCCCUGAGAAAGGAGAGGAAAAACCCUUGGGAAAAUACAGUUGGUGGAUAACAUGUAAAAAGAAGUCCACACACAUUGGGAUACUGAUGCAUUCUCACUGGGUUUGUGGAUCCACUUGGAGAAGGGUUUUUUGACAUUUUUCCCCCCACUCCAAAGUUGGUAAUGUGGGGUUUUGGUAAAAUUUCUGCUGACUCAUACAUCCCUAGACACCUCUUGCUAAACCAAGUUGAUAAGUGAGUAAGUCUAUUGGUGCCUUCUUUUUUGCUGAAGAUCUCUUGCAGUUCAGCCAAGAUUGACCACUCAACACGUGGGUCAUUCCUUGUAAGGGAUCCCAGCUCAGACGUGCAUCUUGGGCACUCACAACCUGGGCUUCUCAUGCUAGGGAGGCAUUUACAAUAACCACAGUGUAAAGGGGAAAUAAGAGUGAGUCAACUGUCUAGCGUGAGAGGUGACUGGAAAGAUUUUACCCUGUCUGCUCCAGCCCCCCUCCCACCUUUCCCCCCUCCACACCCCCCUCUCCCCCGCCCAACCCCACGAAGCAUGGGGGCUGUGCUCCUCAAGCAUGGGGGCUGCCUCCUGCUGUGGCUGGCCCUGCUGCUGGGCUGCUGGGCUGAGCUUGGCAGUGGCCUGGAGUUCCCAGGGGCUGAGGGCCAAUGGACCCGCUUUCCCAAGUGGAAUGCCUGCUGUGAGAGUGAAAUGAGCUUCAAUAUGAAGACACGCAGCUCUAGUGGGUUGGUCCUCUAUUUUGAUGAUGAGGGGUUCUGUGACUUCCUGGAGCUGAUCUUGACCCAAGGGGGGAGGCUUCAGCUCAGCUUCUCUAUCUUCUGUGCUGAGCCUGCCACCCUGCUGACUGACAGAGCUGUAAAUGACAACCUCUGGCACACAGUGGUCAUCCACCGCCAUUUUAAGAACACAACACUACUCAUUGACCAGACCGAGGCAAAGUGGGUGGAAGUGAAGUCCAAGCGGCGUGACAUGACUGUCUUCAGUGGCCUCUUCUUGGGUGGGCUCCCACCCGAGCUCCGCUCAGCAACCCUGAAACUGACGCUUUCCUCAGUGAAGGACCGGGAGCCGUUCAAGGGCUGGAUAACUGAUGUCAGGGUCAACUAUACACAGGCCUCACCUGUGGAGAGUCAGGAGGUUCGGCUGGAUGAUGAGCAGAGCCGCCUGUGUGCGAGGGAUGAUGUUUGCCUCAACGGUGGCAUCUGCUCAGUGCUCAAUGACCAGGCUAUCUGCGACUGCUCACAAACUGGCUUUCGGGGGAAGGACUGCAGUGAAGGAAAAGAAGAAUAUAUUGCAACAUUCAAGGGAUCAGAAUAUUUCUGCUAUGAUUUGUCCCAGAACCCCAUACAGAGCAGCAGUGAUGAAAUAACUCUGUCAUUUAAAACUCUUCAGAGGAACGGACUGAUGCUUCAUACAGGAAAAUCAGCUGAUUAUGUCAAUCUUGCACUGAAAAAUGGAGCUGUCUCGUUGGUCAUUAAUUUGGGCUCAGGGGCCUUUGAAGCACUGGUGGAACCUGUGAAUGGAAAAUUUAAUGACAAUGCCUGGCAUGAUGUGAAAGUAACCAGGAAUCUGCGUCAGCACUCAGGCAUUGGACACGCUAUGGUGACAAUAUCAGUGGAUGGAAUUCUGACUACUACGGGCUACACGCAAGAAGACUACACCAUGCUGGGUUCUGAUGACUUUUUCUAUGUUGGUGGCAGUCCUAGCACAGCAGACCUACCAGGUUCACCAGUCAGUAACAACUUUAUGGGUUGUCUCAAAGAGGUUGUAUAUAAAAAUAACGAUGUCAGACUGGAGUUAUCUCGACUUGCCAAGCAAGGAGAUCCUAAAAUGAAAAUUCAUGGAGUUGUAGCAUUUAAAUGUGAGAAUGUUGCAACCUUGGAUCCAAUCACAUUUGAAACACCGGAGUCUUUCAUCUCUUUGCCAAAGUGGAAUGCCAAGAAAACAGGGUCAAUAUCAUUUGACUUUCGCACAACUGAGCCAAAUGGACUGAUUCUUUUCAGUCAUGGAAAACCAAGGCAUCAGAAAGAUGCCAAACACCCACAAAUGGUAAAGGUUGACUUUUUUGCCAUUGAGAUGCUUGAUGGUUACCUUUACCUGCUGUUAGAUAUGGGAUCGGGUACUAUUAAAAUAAAAGCCUUGCAAAAGAAAGUGAAUGAUGGAGAGUGGUACCAUGUGGACUUUCAGCGGGAUGGACGGUCAGGUACCAUUUCUGUGAACACAUUACGUACACCUUACACUGCACCAGGAGAAAGUGAAAUCCUAGACCUAGAUGAUGACUUGUAUCUUGGAGGCUUGCCAGAAAAUAAAGCAGGGUUGGUCUUUCCAACAGAGGUGUGGACAGCACUUCUCAAUUACGGAUAUGUUGGCUGCAUCAGAGACUUGUUUAUUGAUGGCCAAAGCAAGGAUAUUCGACAAAUGGCUGAAAUUCAAAGCACUGCUGGAGUGAAACCCUCAUGCUCAAGAGAAACUGCAAAACCAUGCCUGAGCAACCCCUGUAAAAACAAUGGUGUAUGCAGGGAUGGGUGGAACAGAUAUAUCUGUGAUUGUUCUGGUACAGGCUACCUUGGCAGAUCAUGUGAGAGAGAUGGCAACAGUUUAAGCUAUGAUGGAAGUAUGUUUAUGAAUACAGCUCCCUGUUUUAUGCAUACAGAGCAGAAGAUGUGUCCUUACGGUUUCAGGUCUCAGCGAGCUUAUGGCAUUUUAAUGGCAACUACUUCUAGGGAAUCCUGCAGAUACACUUCGUUGGAGCUGAUGCAGGACGAGUUAAACUAACGGUUCAACCUAGACUGUAUCAGGAUUAACUGUAAUUCCAGCAAAGGUCCAGAAACCCUUUUUGCUGGCUAUAACCUCAAUGAUAAUGAGUGGCACACGGUACGUGUGGUUCGUCGAGGAAAAAGUUUAAAGUUAAUGGUGGAUGACCAACAAGCUAUGACAGGUCAAAUGGCUGGUGAUCACACGAGACUGGAAUUCCAUAACAUAGAGACAGGAAUAAUAACAGAACGCCGCUACCUGUCCUCUGUUCCCUCUAAUUUCAUUGGACAUCUGCAGAGUCUCACGUUUAACGGCAUGGCAUACAUUGACCUAUGUAAAAAUGGAGACAUUGAUUAUUGUGAGCUAAAUGCCAGAUUUGGGUUCAGGAAUAUCAUAGCAGAUCCUGUCACCUUCAAAACAAAAGCAAGCUAUGUUGCACUGGCCACACUACAAGCCUACACAUCUAUGCACCUUUUUUUCCAGUUCAAAACAACAUCACUGGAUGGACUGAUACUCUAUAACAGUGGAGAUGGAAAUGAUUUCAUUGUAGUUGAAUUAGUUAAAGGGUAUUUACACUAUGUGUUUGAUUUGGGAAAUGGUGCGAAUCUCAUCAAAGGAAGUUCUAAUAAACCUCUGAAUGACAAUCAGUGGCACAAUGUGAUGAUAUCGAGGGAUACCAAUAAUCUUCAUACUGUGAAGAUUGACACUAAAAUCACAACACAAAGCACAGCAGGAGCCAGAAACUUAGACCUCAAAAGUGAUUUGUAUAUUGGAGGAGUGGCGAAAGAAAUGUAUAAAUCCUUACCAAAACUGGUACAUGCAAAGGAGGGAUUUCAAGGUUGCCUUGCAUCAGUUGACUUAAAUGGACGUCUGCCUGAUCUGAUCUCGGAUGCCCUCUUUUGCAAUGGGCAAAUAGAAAGAGGAUGUGAAGGCCCCAGUACCACAUGCCAAGAGGAUUCGUGUGCAAACCAAGGAGUGUGCUUGCAGCAGUGGGAUGGAUUCAGCUGUGACUGCAGUAUGACCUCCUUUAGUGGACCAUUGUGCAAUGACCCGGGAACAACAUAUAUCUUUAGCAAAGGUGGUGGACAAAUCACAUACACCUGGCCUCCUAAUGAUCGGCCAAGCACUCGUGCUGACAGACUGGCAAUAGGAUUUAGCACUGUUCAAAAAGAAGCAGUUUUGGUACGAGUAGACAGUUCUACUGGGCUUGGAGACUAUUUAGAGCUGCAUAUUCACCAGGGAAAAAUUGGAGUUAAGUUUAAUGUUGGAACUGAUGACAUCUCUAUCGAAGAGAUCAACGCAAUCAUUAAUGAUGGAAAAUACCAUGUAGUACGUUUUACAAGAAGUGGUGGCAAUGCCACAUUACAGGUGGACAGCUGGCAAGUUAUAGAACGUUACCCGGCAGGAAACAAUGAUAACGAGCGCCUGGCGAUUGCUAGACAGCGAAUUCCAUAUCGACUUGGUCGAGUAGUUGAUGAAUGGCUACUCGACAAAGGGCGUCAGCUUACAAUCUUCAAUAGCCAAGCAACCAUAAAAAUUGGAGGCAAAGAACAGGGUCAUCCAUUCCAAGGCCAGCUCUCUGGUCUCUACUACAAUGGCUUGAAAGUUCUGAAUAUGGCAGCUGAAAAUGAUGCUAACAUCGUGAUAGAAGGAAAUGUGAGACUUGUUGGUGAAGUGCCUUCUUCUAUGACAACUGAGUCAACCGCCACAGCAAUGCAGUCUGAGAUGUCCACGUCAGUUAUGGAAACUACCACCACUUUGGCCACAAGCACUGUCAGAAGAGGAAAGACCCCUACAAAAGAACCUAUUGGUCAGACCACAGAUGACAUCCUGGUGGCCUCGGCUGAAUGUCCCAGUGAUGACGAGGAUAUAGAUCCCUGUGAGCCGAGCUCAGCAAAUCCUACCAGAGCAGGAGGAAGAGAAUACCCAGGCUCAGCUGAAGUGAUUCGAGAGUCCAGCAGCACAACAGGCAUGGUGGUUGGAAUCGUUGCAGCAGCAGCACUGUGUAUCCUAAUCCUUCUUUAUGCUAUGUACAAGUACAGAAACAGAGAUGAAGGCUCGUACCAUGUAGAUGAGAGUCGAAACUACAUCAGUAACUCAGCACAGUCCAAUGGGGCUGUGAUUAAGGAAAAACAGCCCAACAGUGCUAAAAGUUCCAACAAGAACAAGAAAAAUAAGGAUAAGGAAUACUAUGUCUGAUCCCAACAUCUAAGAGAACACUUGUAUAGAAAUAGUCUUCAUUUUAUCUGAGACAUAAUACAAACUUAUUUACUUUACUUUUUAUGAAGCACAUAAAAAAAGAAGACAGGGAACGCAAUCAGAAAGGAAAGACUGUUUUAAAAACAAGCAUUUCAUGCUCUUGUUUUUCAGAAACAGGAGCCAAUACAUUUCUAAACAUCCACAGUGUUUUCAUUUACUCUGCCUGUCUUUAUGUUGCUGGAACAUUUCUGAAAGACAAUGAUGACACCACGCAUUCAUAAAGCAACGAGUAUUACUACAACAACAAGGCACAAUAUGAAACAAACUAAAUUAAAAAAAGAAAAAACUCUCUCUCUCUCUCACACACACACACACACACACACACACACACACACACACACACACACACACACACACACACACACACACGAAGCUACCUAUGAUUCUGGAUUUAGCCAAAGUGCUAGUGCUUUCUUGAGAAGUAAGUUAGUCUAUUGCCAGAGAAGACUGUCAUUAUAUACGGUGACUCAACAAGCAAACAUAAAAAGUUUGCCACCUGGUGCAGUGAAACUGAUUGGAAACUUGCAUUUGAAAUGAAGUGCUGGCUUUUCUGAAGACUUAUGUAAAAACAUUUUCAAAAAGCCCCUUUCUGGUUGUGAGGAAAUAGUAUGGAGGCCUUAUUUUCAAAAACAAAACAAAAAAAAUGUGGAAUAUAAGGCACAUUUUCACAAAAAGCAAACAAGAGAGCAUAGAUACAAUCAUUGGGAAAUUUUCAUGCACGCUUAAUAUGUUAUUACAUAUGUUUAUAUAAAACACAUCUAUAUGUGCUUUCUGGACCGUGAUAAGUGAUGUUUUAUAGCCUGUUGUAUAGAAAAUGCAAACUAUAUCUGCUCUUCAGCCAUUUUUGGUAAACUCAAUGUUCUAAGUGUUCCUAGAUAUAGAAAGUUUUAUGACAUCUGGAGCAACAGACAUAAAUUCAGUUUUUUGCAGCCACUAUAAAUUGUCACAAAUUUCUUCCUUUUUUUUAAAUUUACAGUGUAGUGAUUAUACUAAGGGGAUGUGUAUGAAUGUAUAUAAGAGUCAGCUAAUUUUUUUCUUACCUGUACAGCCUCUAUUCUGUUGCAAUUCAGUUAUAGUAGUUUGUAUGAAAGAAGUGGAUUAAAAAGCAAAAAAUAUAUAUCUAUUGUAACUUUCCCCUCUAGUCCCCGUCCCCUGUUCCCAAUGUACAUCAAUAAAAUCAAUCAGAUUCGCAGAUUUUCCCAUAAAUGUACCACAUUCAUAAAUGAGUUAUCAUUUAGCAAGGUAAAGUGACUUUUGGGCUCUAAUCAAGGUUUCAUCACUGAAUAGUCUGUUUUGCUUUACAGAAAUCUUGCUCCCCAGGAAACUAUGAAAAAGUUUAAUUCCUUGUGAAUCUUAAUAUGAAUCAUACAGCAUGUAUCUGUCAUUCUUUUGCUACACUGUUGGUUGGUAAGAGACCUAAAACUUUAAAUUACUUCCACUGAGGAAUUACCCUUCCCCUAAAUAAAUAAAUAAAUAAAUAAUUUGAGGUGCAUCUUGCUAAACAUUUUUCAAAGGUGUGCAUUUUGUGAUAUAAACAACCAGGAGUCCGGUGGCACCUUAGAGACUAACGGAUUUAUUUGAGCAUAAGCUUUUGUGGGUAAAGAACUCACAAUUCAUCUGAAGUGAGGUUUUUACCCAUGAAAGCUUAUGCCCAAAUAAAUCUGUUAGUCUUUAAGAUGCCACCGGACUCCUUGUUGUUUUUGUGGCUACAGACUAACACGGCUACCCCCUGAUACUUGACAUUUUGUCAUAUGAGAAAGUAUUUUAAGCUAAGUUGAUUCCAUAGUAUUACAUGAUACAUAACCUGGCAAUUAAAUAUAAGUUGAUCAAUGAUCAUAUUUUAAAAUAAAAUUUAAUUGCUACAUAUAUUAGUUAAACACAUAUUAAAUAUCAUAAAGUUAUAGAUUUAUACAUUAAGUUUUUAUUAAUAUUGUUUCAUUGGGUUCACAGCAAUAAAUCAUGGUGUUAACAUAUCGCUUAUACAGAGGUACAAAGAAAAUACAUUAGACAGAGAGAGUAGUUCAAUAGAAAUCUUCUGAAUCAUUGAAAGGCCUCCUAGGAGGAAUAUAGAUAUUCACACUUUACAGACAGGAAAAAAGAAUUUAAUAUUAGCUUUAAACAGCAGGGCCAACACAUCUUCUUAUGUGGUAUUCACUGUAGCUGAUGAAAAAUGUGGGAACUGGUACAGCGAUCUAUCUUGGACAGAGAGGACAUGUAUCUGAGAAUGCCACUGUGGUUGCCAAACAAAUUGUGGUGCAUAUCAUAGUGUAUAUAUAAUGGGAUUUUUUUUUUAUGAUUCUUUGCGGAAAUUGAAAGUGAGGUUGCAAAGCAUUUUUUUUUAAUCCAUUCAAAAAAAAUUAGAUCAUUGUUCUCGUGUGGCAUUCUUCACUUCCCCCACCUUUGUAAGUCAGUUGUAUUCUGGGGAAGACAAGGAAUAGGUAUAUUCAAGAUCACUAUUAAAAUCAUGAUUUGUUUAGUCAGUGGGGAAAAAAUAAGUUGACUGCCAGGUAAUGUUCAGAACUGAGAUUUCCAGCACUGAAAGGUAUAUGGAAGGGCAAAGAUAACCUGUGUUUAGGAAUUCUAAGAUGGUACAAUGUAUGCUUUGGGCAGAUUGAAAUGUUUCUUUCCAUCUAGGAGGUGCAACCAGGCUAUCUUUCAAGCAGUUAACAUGCCAGUAAGUGAAUAUUUUAACAAAAUACAUACAUCAAGGAAUAAAAGUUGUACAACUGAUAAAAGCAAACAUUAUCUACAAUCCUUUCUGGAGGUUCUCCUUUUUCUCUUUGAUUUCAUGAUUUAACAAUGAAGAUGCAUAGAAGUAUAAGAGCAUCAGAAGUUUCAGUAACUGAAUUAAAAUGUUUUAAACAUUUUAAUACCUAACAUACCUAACAAAAAUUGAAUUCCAUAUCUAUAACAAUAUUAUGUUUGACUGAGAUAGCUUCAUUUCUAUUACUGUAUAGUGUUGCCUUUUUAACAAAACACUAAAAUAAUAUGUGAAAUGAUUUCAUCCCCAAGAAAUCAAAAAAGAGGCCCGAUGCCCUAACCUUAUAGUGCUUUCUGUGAUAGAUAUUUACGAAUUUUUUUGAUUUGUUGCAAAGCCAAUUUAUCCAUUAUUGGAAAUGCUAAGCAAGUGGAAUUUACUGUUUUGUUAAUAAA